AUGGAAUCAAAUAAACUUCUUGGUGCUGAUUUAAUAAUUGCACAUAUUCAAUCAAUCAUAACUGAAUUAAUUCCUCUACUUAAAAUUUAUGAAAAUGAAGGUAUUUUACAAAUAAGAUCAAGUUUAAGAAUGCCUGAUAAUCAAAAACAAAAUUUGUUAUUUAAUCCAAAUGAAGAAACCCUUUGGAAUAAUCAAUUAAUUAAUUUUCACGAAUGUUUAUAUGAAUUUAAAGAAAGUGCUGCAUUUAUUGGUUUUCCAGACUGGGAUGAUAUUUUAAUAUCGCCAAGUGCUAUUCCUUUUACAAAAGGAUUAAUGGACUUUUCUAUGGCAAAUCCUCAAGUAGCUGCUUUUCUUCCAAAAAGAUAUCCUGGACAAAUAGAGAUUUUAGGUACAUGUUAG